GAUUGGCUACUGAGGAGCUGAAGCAGGGUUUAAAUUCUUGUGCCAUCCAUGUAAUUUUCAAAAACCAGCUAAAACAUAUCUUCAUUGACCCCACAUAUUUCUGAUGAGAUCUACAACCCAAUAUUUGGUGAAUUGUCUAGAGAAAAAAUUUUCGAACUGAAGAAACAGAUAAAGGUUGGAAGUUUCCUAAUUAUCAACUAUGAAGACUCCUUUCCUGCUCAUCGUCUUCUGGGGAUUAUCCUGUGCUCUUCCUGUCACCAGAUAUCUAAACACAGAUUCUGAGAGUUCUGAAGAAUUGACGGAUCACUUGACUCUGACACCACCUCCGUCCUUGGAGAGUAGUGAGUCAUCAGAAGAAAGUAAAGAUAGCUCAAAGGAACAGAUGAAUGAGAGUAAAAAGGACUACAGUGAUAGUAUUGAAUCAGAGGAAGACUUGGGCCUUACUGAUCAAGAGUCUGUAUAUCUACAAUCUGACAGCUCCCUUAAGAGUGGAAUAAAAGAAGAUGAUAAGAAUGAUGAUGAAGAUGACAGUGGAGAUGACACUUUUGUUGAUAUAGACAAUGGCCAGGGCUCCAUGGAAAGGCAUCAACAAGAAGAUGAUGAUUCUGACACCACUCUAUCCAAUGAAAAUAGUACUGCAGAUGGGGAAGAUGGCAAUCAUAAUGUGGUCAGUGAUGAAAGCAGUCAGAGUGAGAGCAGAAGCCUUGAAGAAGAAGAAAAUGAAAGUCAUGAGGUGGAUGUCCAUGACAGCAAAAGUGAUGAGCACAAUGUGGAAGUAGGAAGUGAAAAAAGCUACAGCAGUUCCAGCGAUGAGUCUGCUUUAGAUGAGGAAGGAAUGCAAGGUGAUGACCCAGACACCAUUAUGAGUGAGAUAAGCAAUUCCAGAAUGACUGGUCAUAGCGUCAACUUGAAGAAAAAGAUUCACAAGACAAGGCAUCAGGAUGGGAACAGAAAAGAUUCUGAUGUGAGCCAACUGGUGGGGCAGUUUGGCAGAAAGUCUUUCCAAAAGGCCCACAGCUCAGAAGAAGAUGAUUGGGAUGAAAACAAUGAGAGCAACACCAUGGAAGAAACCAUGAGUGACUCGACAGAGAAGAGGCAAUCCAGUGAAAAUGGUCAAUCUAAUGAGAACAGCAAAAGCAAAUCCCAAGAAGAUAGCAACAGUCAGUCUCAGGAAGACAGUCAAACUGUGAGGGAUCUUAGCAGUGAGUCUAGACCUCAUGACAGUGAUGAAUCAUAUGAAAAACAAAGUAAAUCCAAAGAAGAAAAUGAAAAUGUUUCAAGAGGAGAUAACCCUGAUUCUGAUGGAAAGAGUGUUGGCCUAUCUGAAGAUAAUAAGGAAGAUAGUAGUAAUUCCUCUGAAGAGGAUGACCUCAACACAUCCUCCAAAUCAGACAGUGAAUCUGGGGAGGCACAAAGUGACAGUGAAUCUAAUGAGAGUGAGAGCCCCUCAGUGGAAAGCAAGGAGUCAAGUGAGGAAAAUAGUUCCAACCAGGAGGGCUUCCAGUCUCAGAGCUCGUCAACCGAGAGCCAAAGUGUCUCCAAGGAAGACAGUGGGGAAAGCAGUUCUGAACAGCUACAAGAAGAGGAAAAUAGUCAGUCUGAAGAAGAUGCCAGAGCACUUCAGGAAAACAGUAAGCUUAAAGAAAAUGAGAGUUCCAGUGAAAGUAGAUCAGUCAGCAAUGAAGAGAGUUUGUCUAGAAGCAUUGAGGUGGAAAGCAGAAAACUGAUAGUUGACACCUAUCAUAACCGACCUACUGGGGACCAUGAUGACAAUGACUGCCAAGAUGGCUAUUAGCAUUAGCUCAAAAGUAUAUUUUUGUAGAAAGGAGGGAGACAGAGAAAGAAAUAGAUGGUGCUUUGAUUUAGUCAUCUUACCAGACUUAGGAUGAUCUGAAUUUAUUUCUUUUGGAAGAUAAUUAAUGGGGCAUCAUAGUCAUUUAUGGGGAAUUACUCUUCCAAGGAAGUUCACAGAGUGUGAAAUGACUCUAAGCCACACUAUCCAUGAUAGUGGAAACAAGAAAGAAUUUUGUGCUAUAGUUUUACAGCUUGGGUUUUGAAAAAUUACCAUGAGGACUCUUUCAUGAGUGAGUUUUAAGUGAUUAAAUAUUUGGUUGGAGAAAACAUUAAAAAAUUAUAGGCUAGAGCUGUGUUUUGGUUCCAGGAACAAGAUUUCUUUCUGUCAACCAUUUUCUAUUUUUCAAUGGGGUUCUGUGUAAAAUAUCAAUGUUAAAGGGAGUUAUUUUGGGCCACAGGUGGGGUGGGAAUGGGUUAUAAGAGUUGCUAAGAUUCCCUUUAUUUGUUAAAUUAUGUGUUUAAUAUAAUUCGAGCUUCUGUUCCUUAAUUUGGCUUAUGUGCAAUGCCAGAAUUGAACCUGACCAGCUGUAACUUUUUUGCUCAUAGCAAAUAAAGAUUGUGUACAUAGGUUCCAAUUGAAUUUGUGAUGGAUACUUUGGAAUGUUACCUCAACACAGGAUAUAUUUAAGUUUUUGUAAUAAAGGUAAUAAUAUCUAGAAAA